AUGGUGACCGCAUUCCAGUUCUUUCGCGGGGGUGGGUCCUCCUCUCCCGCCUCCUCCGCACCAGGAACCCCCCUCCUCACCUCCCACGUCACCGCAUCCACAUCCGCCGCUACCGCGCCCGCAACGCCGGUAUCGGGCCCCACGCCCACGAGCGGGCUUCCGGAGUUCCAGAGCUUGUCGCCGCUGUCGCGGCGCACUACCGCGACUACAUCCGCGAACGCUGUGGCCUCACCUAGGCCGCAAUUGCCGCUGAACACGGUAGCUGCGGCGAAUAGUUCGUCGGCGUCAAACAUGUUGAGGGCUGUAGCUGGUCAAAGGUCCGAUGAUGAUGACCAUUUGACCGGCGGCCAGACCACCCCUCACCCAAGUGGGCUCGACAAGAGAUUGCCGCAGAUCCUGCAUGGGUUUCAACAGGUUUGUGGAGCUCUCGUUCCUCCUAGUCUUGCCCGAAAGGCAUCGUGUCCGCCGCCGUCGUCUCCCCUGCACAGAACCAUUAUAGAAGGAGAGGGCGGCGGCGAUGAGGAAGAUGGCGGCAGUGGCAGUGGUGGUGCUGGUACUACUGCCACCACAACCACCACUGCUGCUGCUGGUGUCGCCAGUGCUUCCGCUGCCGCUGCCGCUACUCCGCCGGAAGAAGAGGAGAUUGAUUCUCCCUCUUCCUCUGCUACCCCCUCUGCUGUUACUUCUGCGAGUGCUUCCACUGCUGCUUCUUCUGCUGCUACCAGUUUCUCUGUACCCGACCGUCAUGUAUUUUCUUCCUUGUCCUCCGGGGAGCGCGAGAAGGAUUCCUUGAGACUGACAGCCUCUGCUCUUCUUGAGGGAAAGGACACGCCCCCAGCGACACCCCGCGGCACCACCUCGGCCGGCAGCGCCCUGAACGGCGCCGCUGCCACAACCACUACUACCACUGCUACUAGCAAUCCCACGCCCCCCCCCCCUCCUUCACGUCAGCCUACAGGUACUCUCACGCCCACAUCGGGCUCCACGUCUUCUGGCGCCACCAAUUCGUCUUCAGGCGGUCAGCAUAAUACGCCGACGGUCGGACCCCCGAAGGGUAAGAUGGUGGUGCGCAUCCAGGAGGCGAGAGGCCUCAGGUCGAGUAAAGACCCGUAUGUGGUGUGCACCUUUGAGAGUAAUGAAUUCAUCUCAAAGGGGCCGAAGAAGGAUGAGACGGGUGCCGGAGAGCCGCAGGACAAGAAUGGCGCAUCAGCAGGCAUUGCGAUCCCGAUGAAGAGCCGCCAGAGCUCGAGCACUAGUUUGUCGGAACUGCAGGGCACAAUCUCGAAAAAAGGAACUACGAAUCCAAAGUGGGAGCACGAAGCGGUGUUUGACGUACUUGGGGAGCAUUCCGAGAUCGACGUUUCGAUAUACGACCGCUCGAAUCAAGAAUGUUUCCUUGGGCACAUCCGCAUGUGCCCAUUGGUCAACAGGGAUCAGAACAUGGCCGAUACAUGGUAUCCACUGAAAGCCCGAACAAGCAACGAGAGUGUCACCGGAGAGAUCCGGCUUCAGAUUAGCUUCGAGAAGACGACCAAGAAGCAUUACGGGCCCGAUGACUUUGAGGUAUUGAGGCUCAUUGGAAGAGGAACAUUUGGCCAGGUGUAUCAGGUGCGCAAGAAGGACACCAACCGGAUAUACGCCAUGAAGGUUUUAUCGAAGAAGGUCAUCGUGCAGAAGAAGGAGGUCGCGCACACACUUGGCGAGCGAAACAUUCUCGUCAGAACCGCCACCACCGACUCGCCCUUCAUUGUGGGACUGAAGUUCUCGUUCCAGACCCCGACGGACCUGUACCUGGUCACGGACUACAUGUCCGGUGGCGAGCUCUUUUGGCAUUUACAGAAGGAGGGCAGGUUCCAGGAGGAGCGCGCAAAGUUUUAUAUCGCGGAGCUAAUCCUAGCGCUGGAGCACCUCCACAACCACGAUAUCGUCUACCGGGACCUGAAGCCCGAGAACAUCCUGCUGGAUGCGAAUGGCCAUAUCGCGUUGUGCGAUUUUGGACUGUCAAAGGCGAACCUGUCUGCUAAUGCCACCACAAACACGUUUUGUGGAACGACAGAGUACCUUGCGCCGGAGGUGCUGCUGGAUGAGCAGGGUUACACCAAGAUGGUGGACUUUUGGUCACUGGGUGUCUUGGUCUUUGAGAUGUGCUGUGGAUGGAGUCCGUUUUACGCGGAUGACACCCAGCAGAUGUACAAAAACAUUGCGUUUGGAAAGGUCCGCUUCCCUCGGGACGCAUUGAGUCUUGAGGGGAGGAAUUUCGUCAAGGGUCUUCUUAACCGAAACCCAAGGCACCGUCUGGGAGCUACCCAUGAUGCUAAAGAGCUCAAGUCCCACCCCUUCUUCGCCGACAUUGACUGGAACCAGCUGCUGCACAAGAACGUCAUUCCCCCGUUCAAGCCCACGCUUAGCUCGGAGACUGAUACUUCUAACUUUGACCCUGAGUUUACAAAUGCGCCCAUGUCACAGUCACUCAAUGCUCGUGCGCUUGCGAUGGCUGGCGGAAACAUGGCGAGCACGCCGCUGUCUCCGGGAAUGCAGGCUAACUUCCGGGGUUUCACCUUUGUGGAUGAGAGCAGUAUGGAUGAUCAUUUCCUGGGACGGGAUGAGCUAGCGCGUAUGGAUGAAGACGUUGAGGAUUCAGAAGAUGCCUGGGAUGACAACCAGGAUAGGCGGAACAAAGAUGGCAGAGGCUAUGAUGACAGACGGGGUAGCCGUAUGAGUGGUAUUGAGUACAAGAGGGAUGAUGAGAGUGGAAUAUUUGGUAAUGAUGGCAUGGAUAUGUGA